GGUAUCGUUUCGUGAAGUUCGUAGGUGUCGAGAGAAAGGGAGAAAGAGAGAGAAAGAAGCGAGAGGAAUCGACAGUAGGUCGAGGGUGGUGCUGUGACCUAGUGCGGAAGUACAGCCACCCUGCACAAUGAUUGUGCGGAGGUGCUUGACGCCGACCGCGGUAUUCAUCGUCCUAACGUUGUUAGACGGAUUCGGCGGAUGCACGGCUGAGCGAUGGUCACGACAGACCUCUAACAGCGAGUGGAUUCCUCUGGCUAAUCCGGGAUCCGCUCAACUGUCGCUGAGUAAAGCGGAAAGCGGGCUUCUGUCUAGUAGCACGCAUUUACCGAAUCCAAUCCAAACGCUCGCGUUACCGCCCGCCCUUCAGCAUCAGUACCAGGAACAAUUGCUUCAGCUGCAGAAGACGCAGGAGAGUAUUCAAAAGCUCCUCCUGCUGCAGCAGCAGCUGAAAGCUCAGCAGCAACUUCUUCAGACUCAGACGUUCCUGCCCGGCGAUUAUAGUAGCGCCGAAGCUGAGAAACAAGCGUUACCUCAGAGUUCCUUAGGCAAUUUGCAAACGGCACCCGAAUUAGUGCCGAAUACUUUGGUACCCCCGCAUCCGUCCUCGGGAGCACUUCCGCCGGUACACCCUUCACAGAAUUUCCUAUCCCAGAGACCGGGUCAGACCUAUCAGAAUCAGGAACUAUCGAACUUGCCUGUGCAGGGUCAAGUUGUAUUGCAACAAAACGUGGAAGAUACGCAAGAAGGACCGCACGCUUACGUAGCGAAAACGAACGAAGGAAAACGUUGGAAAGAACAAUCGAGUCCAGGUUUACCGCAAUCUUCUCUGAUUGGAAACGAUGAAGGGGAGGUUCAACUAGUAUAUGUCCCGGCGGAAACGUUGGCGCAAAGAGGUCAACUGAAAAGAAACCGCGGAAGGAAGCAAUAUCCCAUUCGCCAACAGCAUCAGCAACGGGAUCAAGGAAAUAUCGACCAAACCUCUCUUUCGCCCGAUCAAGAAACUUUCGCGCGGCAAGUGCUGCAGCAGAUCCAGAAAGAACACGAAGAGAAGGCGCAGUUCCUGAAGGACGAACGCGUGAAAGAGUUCGUCAGAUUAAACGAGGAACAAAAGGCGCUUGAACGGAAGACGCGAUUGCAGCAAGAGGCCCUUCAGAGAGAACAGGAACUGUUGCGACAAAAGGAGGCCGAUAAGAAACGAAAGGAAUUGGAAAGGCUGGAGGAAAUGGCGAGGCAACGAGAACUGGAUCGAAUUCGCGAUGCUAGAGAAAAGCAGAGGCAGGAAGAGCUCGAACGACGACGGCUUUCUGAACUUCGCGUCAAGGAGGACAGACGUCGCGAGGAAGAAGCCAGGCAACGUGAAGAAAGGCAGAAGUUGGAGCUGGAGCAGCAGAGGAUUCUGGAAAGUCAACAAGAGGAUCAAUUGCGAACUAACAGUCCGAAUUUCCAAAACGCCCAGUCCCAAGCCCUGAUCCGCGACCAGGGGCGUCGCCAGCACCUCACGGAUCCCGCCAGAAUCAAGAAGCUUCGCGGCAGGCAACGUCCACGGGUCAAUCAGUACCAGGAACAGUCGAAUUACCGCGAGGUCACUACCACGCCGUCGCCCAAUCAGCCGCCCCUCUCCGUUUACAUGGGCAGUCCAACGUCCAAGCCAGUAGAUAACGUCAAGGUUACCGAUGUCUUGAGACUCUUAAGAAACGCGAAAACCAUCGCCGUUCUAGAUAACGUCGGUCCCAAUAGUCCGCAGGUAUUCGUGGGUCCGUCUAACCUGGACCCGCCCUACGGUUACGUGAAGUUCGAUCUUCCCUAUUUGUCGUCAAUCGAUCACAACAGAGUGGAACGCAAAGUAGAUAAACUGCCUUUCUUCGUCGCUCCGCUAAGCUUCGACCCGCCCCCGGGUUAUUCUAAAAUUCCCUUCCCGGCGCCGCACAUUGGUUCCGUCGUUGUCAACAAUCUGUCGGAAGCAUCCACGGAACCGAACACCCAGACGGACGAACAGAAUCCUAAUCCGACGCCAGUGAUCCAGCCGAACUCUUACAGCGACGUUGAUCACAGCGGAUCCAUCGCUACCACCGCGUCCUACGAUUCCUCGACCGAUCAAAACUUCUCCCCGGAAUCCAGCAGCCUUAAGUACGAUCCCACUUACUCGCCGCCCUCAAGUUCAAAGUUCAGAUUUAGACAGUACUACGACAAUAAGCCGACCUCCGUGGGCAGCACGUCAUACUACGGUGAACAAUCGACCACGAAGACGAAACCGAAGCACUACCACGAACAAGAAACCAAGUUUACUACUCAGCCUCCAAAAAUCGAGACGACAGCCAGCUAUAGACAGGAAGUGUCCUAUUCUAACACACCGAGUUUCCAGGAUAGGUCAGUAAGUCCGCACGAUACCUCUGCGAAAGAACAAGAUCUAGCGGCCCAAUUGGCGCUUAUCAAUCAGGAGCUUGUCCAACAAAGAGAGCCUCAAAAAUACAAUACCGCCGAACAGUAUCAUUCCCAGUCUAAUCUGGGCGAAUCGUACGACGACGCCAAUGACGUCAGAGGGCCAGUUGGACCAACGCAAUACAAUUUACCAGCGGAAUUACCGCCGAUCUCUCCGCACUUGCCGGGCUUAGUAAAUUCCUUGUUGGAUAAGCAAGAGAGGAAUCUUCCUGUCGCUCCGACGCCACCACCGACGACAACCACGACCACGACGCCAACGACGACGACUACUCGUAUAAACUCCACGACUUACAGGCCACGAGGAAGAGGCAGAAAUGUACCUACAAGACCCAGAACGACCCAGGCACCUGCUAAUAGAACGGAAAGAACCCGAAGACCGACGCACAAUCGAGCCAAAUCUAGAUUUACGACCACAACGGAGGAAUAUCGCGAGUCCUCUUACGAACCAACGAAGGCGAAGACGCCGGAGACCACGCAGAAAUAUAACGCGGUAGAACAAAGAAGACCAGCAUCCAGAACGCAGAAGCACAGAAAUCGAGAUAGAGCGAAUCAAUCCGCGGUUCAAAGCCAAGGAGCUAACUACGAAAACUACCCGCAGAGCGACGCAUCUCCCGACGCGUACUCACCGCCGAGUGGACCUGCUUCUGGUCCGGAGAAUUAUCCGACCACUCCCAUGCAGACCGAGAAUUACCCGUCGGCGUUGCGCGAGGUCCAGCACAGCACGCCCAUAGUGUCCGAUGAUUACGCCAGAAAUCAGAAUUACCCGCAAAAUCGCCCUCAAGAAGCGCGCUAUCAGCAUCAAGACGUGAUGUACGAUCAGAAUGGUGACUACCAGCAAGCGGGACUCGAGAAAACACCGGUAAAUGGAUUCAAUUAUCAAGUUGCAAACGAGAAUUCACCGGACCAAACGAUUUCCCAGAGACCCAAGGAAUAUCCGCAUUAUCAGGAAGACUACAAUCUGGCGACGACGGUGGAAUCGCGGCGAGUCACACCCGGCGAGGAACAUCGGUAUUCCCCGAUUUAUGAGGUCAACGUGGCGCAAACUCAGCCGGAUUACAACGUCGGCGGGCAGAAUUCGUUCCGCAAUGACGACGGCAAGAUCGAGAGUGCCGCGAUAGAGACUGAUCCGAAUGCAUCACCGAUCUUCGUUCCGCUUCAACAGAGCAAGCAGCAGGAUUACGACAUGCAGAUUCCCUCUACAGAGCCGUCGCUUAUCGAAAUCGCCACAACUAGCACGACCACUCCGGCGCCCGUAAUAAUACGUCAACGAGUUCGAGCUCGCUUAGGAGGCGGUCGCACGCAUCACGAUUCCGCGAUUCAGACGCGACCCCGUAACUCCCAGGACGAGUACGUGCGUUUCAGCGCGGUGAACAACGAUUCCGGUCGCGGCGCCGGUCAGCGUCUUCGGACUAGGACACGCGCGCGUCCUCAAAGUCACGGGUCGCAGGUGCAAACCGAGGGUAACGAGUACAUAAAAAUACACGCAAAUCAACAGCAGAGGCUGGUCGCCACCACCAUACCGCCAACGACGACAAGCACGACAGCUCGCACGGUGGAGGAGGACGUCGAUUACGGUUUUAUAAGGCCACCGAAUUUCCAACCAGCGCACCCGGCGCACCCGGUGCAUCCGGUGGAUAAUAGAUACCAAGCGCCCAUUACAUAUAGACCUGCUUUGUCCGAGAUACAGCACAUCUUCUCCAACGACGAGACGGCGGUAGAAUCGAGCCCGGCUCAUAUUUUGAAAAAUCGUCCGAAAUACCAGACCUCGAGCCGUCGCCCGACCACGAAGUUAUUCACGACGACGACGACGAGCACGUCGACGGAAACGGUACCUGUUGCGACGACGAUGCCAGACGAUGCCGUGUAUACUACAAAAUCGAAAACGAGAUUGGACGAUCCGAAGUCGACGAGAACACGAGGAAGAGUUCGCCGGCCGGGGAAGAAACGCACCACGACGACCACAGAAUCCGGCCUCGAGGCGAACAACGAAUUACCGCUAGACGAAAACUACCCUCGAAUAACGCCGCAACAGCUGCCGGUGACGGCGAGCGGACAACAGCCUCUCUACGACGACAAUUUCGACGUCGCGCCGCAAUUCGUGCCGAAUCAGAAUCGACCGGCACAGUUUUACGAGGAGAACAGCGAAAACUAUCCGCCUCAAGAAUUUGUUCUAAACUUCGGCAAUCUGCCGGAGCAGCUAUCGCAACGCGAAGAAUACGAUCAGACCCAGCUGGCUAGUAUUCCGAAGAAGUAUAGCCACUCGAGUCGCGUGAACUCGGACGCGAGCGCGCACUCCACAGGUGACAUUUACGGCGCCGAGAGUCAGUGGUCCACGAAGUUGUCGAAGACGUCGUUCCAGCCGAGCUUCGCCGAGAAUCGCGUGCCCGGUGAAUCGAAGAGGGGCCGAGGCGGAACCGGCAACGAUCAGGAGAACGAAAACACGCCCGAGAUCAUUACGGCCGGGCCGGAGGAGUCGUCGGUGACGAUGGUCGUUUCUUCCGACUAUCAGAAACAUGCGAAUGACGCCGAUAACACGGGCACGGUGAUCGAUGGCUUCGGAUGGAAGACGACCGCGCAGGAUCAUAGGGAGGAAUUGAACGCCACGACGGCAGUGACAAAUUCGUCGACGACAGUACUUCAAGAUCAAACUCGAAAUGAUAAGGAAAUGUUGCCAGGAUCGCGGGACUGGACGAGCAGCAAGAACUUUACGGAACAGAUAGGCAACGACACGAGGGUGACAAAACCUGACUCUCUUCCUGGUCGAAAGACUCGAAGAAGGAAAGUUCGCGUGCGGGUAAGACCUCUUGUGGACGAUUUCGUCACCGCUGAAUCUCAACACUACAACUCUGCGGUGAACAGCCUGGUUCAAGAUCAAUACAAGUACAAUCCGAUUCACGAUUCGAGGUUCACCACUGCCCAGCCGAUUGCGACGACUGUCACCGCAAGUACCGCGAUGGCCGCAGAAUCGACCAAGAAAUCGCUGCUUCAGGAUUUCCUGGAGGAGAUGCUGAAGAACGACGAGGUCUCCAUCCCGACUCGCGUCACUCCGAUCACUACGGAGUUGCCCGACCGGACAAUAUUGACACCCAUGACGACGCCGAUGACGACGCCGUACGUUUUUUCCAAUAAUGGCGAAGUUACAACCUUGAAGGAAAAUUACACACCGAUCGAUACGACGCUGAUACCGAAAAUUAACGAAGAACGCGUUACAACGAUAAAUGAAAAUUCAAACGGAUCGAAAGACGAGUCCCAGGAAGCGACAACUUUGUCGCAAGAAGAAACUGAAGUGCGAAAAGAAGUUAAGCCGGAAGAAAACAUGAAUUCUCAGGAAGACAAGCAGAAUAAUUUGGAAAACGUCGUAUUUAAACAAAGAUAUAACUUGCCACAUUAUCCCGACAGAUCAGGAAAAAACAAAGACGAGGGUAGCAUAACAAAACUGAUCGACUUCCCGAAGGAAGAGACACGAAAAAUGAGUGCCAUUGGUAAAGAGAAAGAACAUAUAAUGAGAUUAAAGAAGCAGGAAAACGUCGAAGAAAACGAAGCGCAUCCGAAGAAUCAUAGGGUCAAGUGGAGCGAAGUAAAAUACCCGUCCUUCGAUAAGUCGCAAACUGCGUCGAAUUCGUAUUCUACGACGACUAUCCCCGGUAUUGUUACGCGAGACGAAGGCAAUGGCAACGUGAAAACGCUCACCGAUUACGUGAAGGCCAUCUUUGACAGCAUGAAGAAUGCCGAAGAGGGUGAGAAGGAAGAGGCGAAAGUGAUCGCAGCUAAAAGUGAGACAGAUAAUUAUAACUUAAAUGAUACCGCUUCGGCGCACGCGAAGGAAAAUGAAAAGAUCGAUCGAAAAGCCGGCACGACUGGCUCUUCGCAGGACAUUUCCACGACGCAACGUGUUGAAGUUGAAGAGAACGCGACGAAAGCCGAAGAAACGCAGGAAGCGACAACGAAGGAGAACGCUACCACUCUCGAAUCAACCACACCAAUUCCAGAUACAACUACGAACACGGUACUGUCCGAAGAGACCCUGGUAACAGAGCCUUCCACGACGACCACGAAGACAAUCAGACAAACAAACAACGUGCUCAGAACAAACUCCACAAUGUUGGGCAAGGUCCUAAGAACCUCGACUACUACGAAGGUGUCUCACAUGACGGAGAUUUGCUAUAGAGGUCGAUGCGUGAUGACGAGGCCCAAAAUGGAGGAUAUUAUGAAGAGAUGAGGGAAAUUCGACGACUCGUCGAUUCGGUUGUGGGAUUAUCUCUAGCACUUUCCUGUCCGGUUCUUAAACAAAUUAAAGUAAAACAAAUAAUGUGACGAGCAAAAAUCUUGAAAAUUCUUUAUUAAAUAUCUGUCAUUGCUGAGAAAUGCAGUAAAACGAGUAACUUAGCAACAUCAAUAUGAUAAGAAUUGAAUAAAUAAUAUGAAUGAAAAAAUAACUGAAAUUUUACCGGGCAGAAAAGUGUUAACUUUUGCACUUUUUGCAUAAUCUUUAUUUAUUGAUAGAGAU